ACUUUAUUGACAUCACACACACAUUCAUAGAAACACAUUAAUAAAAAGUUUUCACCCACACAGAAGUAAAUACCAAAAGACAUUAGAGACUAUCUUUGUUUGUGCAUGCAUCCUGUGUGGAACAGGACAGGAUCUCCUUUUGCUAUAAGUGAGAAAAGACUUCAAAAAUCAAUGUAAUGAUUAUUGAUGCAUUUACAGUAAUUCAUACUACUCACUAGAGCUCAGAGCGCACUCCUCCCGCUCGCCUCGCUCGUGCAAUAACGAAAGUGAAAUGGCGGGCAAAUUACUUCUAUACUAACUAGUAAGUCUGUGGCAUUGUUUCAAUCAUAGACAUCGCACCGUGUAAACAAACGCGGCAGAGGCAGCUGAGCUGUAGCUGGAACGUUCACGCGUAUCCAGUGAGUGAAACUACAGGAGAAACACGAUUCCCGCUCCGCGAAAAAUCUCUUAACCUGCAGCUGGGAUCUCCUCCUCGCGCCCUCAGUGUGGCGGCAGUGGCGGCGGCGGCGCUCGGGCCUCGCGCAGACUGACCUCUGACCCCCGCGCUCCGCCAUGUUGGCUGUUGUCUCUGUCUGAAGACGGUGGGGAAGGUGCGCGCUGUCGCCCCAGGAGCCGAUCCCGAGCCGUUUCCUCCGCAUUCCGACGGGCGAAAAGCGCCACCGCGUUUUAUAACCAUGGCCAGGAAAAAGAGCCGGCAGCAGGGAGCGGCGAACAAGGAGCCGGCGGCCGGGCAGCACAGCGCGCCCAAGAAGAAGCCCGUCUCUCCUGGAGAUGCGGCCGGCGGAGGGGAUGCGGGAGCGGAGCGGCUGGCUGGCACGAGCACGCCACUGGCGCUUCCAGGAACUGAGCCCAUGCAUACCUGCUGUCUGCUGUGCCACCGCGAGUUCAAGGACUGGGGCGUGAGCCGCACCAACGGCUUGCCGGACCACGGGACCAAGGCGGACAGCAUGCCUGCCCUCUCCCAAGCGCUGCUGCGGGAAGCACCGGGCCGGAAGCUGGCUGACGCCAUGCCUUCCCUGUCCCAGUCACUGCUGGGCGAAGUGCCGCUGUGGAUCUGCCAGACGUGUCGGAAGAGCGUGGAGGAGGAGGAGCGCCGUGGCACCCAGGAGCAGGCCCUGGGGGUGCCCCUGUCGCACUCAUCAUCCUGCAAGACGCAGAGCUGUGGCAAUGGCUACUCCGAGACUAGCUCUGGGGAGUGGGACCCCAGCUCCUUCCUGUCGGCCCACAAGCUCUCCGGCCUGUGGAACUCGGCCCACAGCAACGGGCCUGAGCACUGCAACCACGGAGCGGCCGCACACUCGCCAGCUGGACCAACCUGUCAUGAAAAAAGAACCUCUCACGAGGCAUCUGGGAAGUCCACCAAGCCAUCUGGAGCGAAGGUCUGUCCCUACAGUCAUCCUGUAUCCCAGAAUACCAGUAUGUCCUCUGCAGGGUCCUCACUCUCUACCUCCACUGACCGUUGCAAGACCACCCCCAAGCACUUCAAGACCAUGUGCCGUCGACCAACUCCUCCAGGUGAAGCUUUUCACUCCACUGACCAUCACCAACAUUCAGACUUGGCGGUGCCACCCAAUAGCCCCACAGGCCUGUCCUCCCAGCACUCCUCCCUACUACCCCCCAAACAGGGCACCGGCCAGCAGAUGCAUGUGAGCUCGCCCACCUCUGGGCUGGCAGCACACAGUCCUUUUACCCCACUGGUACCAAACCUCCAUGUGCCAGUGUCAAAACUGACAGUGGGGCCAGAAAAUGCUGGCUCAGCACACAAGGCCAGCGCGUGCAAGAACUCACACAUUCCCAGUGUUGGCACGCAACACGCAAAGCUGGGACCCUCCCUGACUACCUGCAGCCACCCAUGCAAUGGGCACAGCAAUGGAGCAGCUAGCAUCACCAGUACAGGGCACUUACCUGGUGUAGCCUGCAGGGACCAGGCGUGUAAAGGGCACAAGCUGGCCAAUGGGACGGCGUGCCACCCUGCCUGUGAGCUGGAGGAAGGUGAAGAUGAGGACAGUAGUUCUGAACGCAGCUCCUGUGCCUCGUCAUCCACUAACCAGAAGGAUGGAAAGUACUGCGACUGCUGCUACUGCGAGUUCUUCGGCCACAACGCGCCCCCAGCGGCACCCACGAGUCGCAACUUUGCAGAGAUCCGGGAGAGGCUCCGCUCACAGCUCACGCGACGCAAGGAGGAACUUCCUCAGCGCCAGGACUCGGAUCCAGCUGUGCCCACUGCCAUCGACCACCGGGACGUGGAUGAGCUGCUGGACUUCAUUAACAGCACUGAGCCGAAGCCCGUGAACAGCGCCAAGGCUGCCAAGCGCGCCCGCCACAAGCAGAAGAAAAAGGAGAAGGAGAAGGCCCUGCAGGGCAGUGUGGAGACAUCAUGCAGUGGUGCUCACACCGGUCCCCUGGAGCCUGUGGAAGACAUCCCUGUUGCCGCUGAGGGUGACGCGGGCCGGUUGCUCGAGUGGCCCCAGCUUGAGCUGGAGCGGGUCAACAGCUUCCUCACCAGCCGCCUGGAGGAGAUCAAGAAUACCAUCAAGGACUCCAUUCGCGCCUCAUUCAGCAUGUAUGACCUCAACCUGGACGUCAAUGACUUUCCCAAGAAGGCAGCCACUCUGGAAGGCAACCACCUGCUGUCCCACGUCAAUGGGUCUUCAGACCUGCAGCAGAUUGACCUGGACCUGUCCCCGCUUACUCUGGGCAACUUUAAAAGCCACUUGCUCAAUGGGUGGGAGGACUCUGCCCCAGGUAGCCAGGAUGUCCAGCGACUGCAUGCCACACCCAGCCUGUCCAAGCUGAUCCGCGUACGCUCCCCGGAGAGGGGCCAGGCAGUCAGCCCGGCAGCAGCCUCUGAGAGCACGGCCCCAGGCUUCAAAGUUAGGGAUGAGCAGCCUGACCCCAGGUGUGUGGCAGGAGGGAGCAGUAAGGUGAAGAAGGGGAAAAAGCAGCAAUUGCAGCAGCAACAGCCUCUGCCACAGCAGGACCCCUGGCAGUCAGAACAGCAGUCGGCAAAGCCGGCAAAAGCUGCCCCUGGGACUGAGUUUCUGAAAAACAAAGAGACUCAGACCAAGGCUCCAGUUUUGGGGACCAACUCCAAGGCAAGCUUCAAAGUGUCCUCACAAUCCACACGCACCACUGAACCACAGAAAGUGCCAGGAAAGAGACUGGAGGAAACAAAGGUGGGCAGGCACCCCCCCGGCAGUUUGUCCUGCGUUGGGGCCAUCAGGCAGCUGGAGAAAAGUGAUACAGAAGGAAAGGGCCCAAAGCUCGACAAGGUGGACCAGGAAGCAGAAACCAAAAACACCUCUUUCACUGGAGCAGGGUUGCAGCAAUCCAAGGGAAAGGGCAAGAAGAAUAAGAACAAGGUGGACAAGACCAGCAGCUCCAUUGACGAUGUGUUCCUCCCUAAAGACUUGGAUCCCACAGAAAUGGAUGAAAUUGACAGAGAAGUUGAAUACUUUAAGAGAUUUUGUCUGGAUUCUGCGAAACAGACUCGCCAGAAAGUGGCUGUGAACUGGUCCAAUUUUAGCCUCAAAAAGGUUCAGUCGAGCACGGCUCAGUAGCUGAUGGGAGGCAGUGUGAAAAGAGCCCAACAUCCCAGUACAAUAACCCAACCAAGCUUGGCUUCUGUGAUCCAGAUCCCCACUUCCCUGCUCCAGCAAACCUAGGGACACCUAGAGUUGAUGUGGGCUGUUCACGGCUAAACAUGUCAUGGUCAGUCACUGGCUGCACUCAAUCGAUACAGCUGCCACAUCACCCGUUCCUUGCUAGAGGUCGUCCACCCUCACCAAUUUAGCCCUUACUGACUCUGACUUUAUUUUUUUACAUGGUUUGCUUUUAGCCACCGGUCCACUGGCCUACUAAGCCUUUCUGUGAUAUUUAUAAACAAUUUACUAUUAAAACAGACAUUUUAUUGUCACUGUCAGAUUUUUAAUGUUAACUUCUGGCUUACUCAUAGUUAAAAUAUAAAUUUAUGCCACUCCUUCAGAUUCUCCAAGGGUAACUUUUUUCACCUCUUUGAUUUUUUUAAACAUUUUUUAAAUUCUUUAAAAUGGUAAUUCUUUGCUUUUAUAGUGUGGCAAAUCUGAGAAAUCACAGGGAAAAAAUAAAAUAUUAUAAAGAAUGGGAAAACACCUAAUAUUUAGUUGAGCUUAAAAAUCUGCAAACCCAGCAAAAUGUUACUUUUGUAACAGUGACAAGGUCACAUCGAAACAGCCCUGGAUUAGCCUGCCCUGUCACAUUUGUAAGUCUUAAUGUGAUGCAUUGGGCUUUGAAUUCCGUGCUAAAGCGAGGCUUGUCGUAGUUUGGGCCUUGCCAUUUCAACUUGGAUAGAGUUGAAAAAAUGUGUACAAGCUUGCAGCAAUAUGACUGACAUCAGAACGAUAACACAACAAGCGGUUGAAAGUUUGUUUUGCUUUUGAUUUAUUGAUAAACACUAAUUUGAAUUUGAUGUACAUGAUUAGCAUCACUUGUGCAUAAAUUUAAACAUGCUAAACUGAUGAUGCAACAUUUGAAAAAUGGUUUUACAUUACUUUCCCCACUCAGUGUAAUGAACUUUGCAAUUUAUUAUAUAAAACUGUUAGCAGUGGUAUUCUGUUUUGCCAAAGUACCUAUUUCAUGAUGGUCUUGGAAAUGGCUCUGCUCUCAGAGAUGUUAAUGGUGUUAUCCAAGAGUUCAGACCAGCAUGACUAUUUUGCUGACUGAAUUUACUUUCACACAAUUCAGCACUUGAAUAGUUAUGGUAUGCCAUGUAGAAGUUUAAUUUACUUUAUUCAGGCAUACACUCACUGGCCACCUUGCAAAGUGCGCAGACAUAGUAUUGGUUAAAUAGCCCUUUUGCAUCCAGAACAGCCUGAAUUCUUUAAGGCGCAGACUCAACAAGGUGUUGCAAGCAUUUCUUAUAGGUUUUGGCCUAUCCUGACUACAUAGCAUUGCACUGAAAUGACAGACUAUGGCCAUAAAGAGAUGCCUCUGGUUAGCAACAGUCCUUAGGUACGUUGUGACAUUCAGAUGAUGCUCAACAGGUAUGAAGUGGCCUAAUGUGGGUCACGAAAGCAUUCCCCACACCAUUACACCACCAGCCUGUACCUUUCACAUACGCAGACUAGAUCCCCGUACUCAUGUAUUGACAACAAAUUGUGACCCUACCAUCAGUAAGUAGCAACAGAAAUUAAGAUGUCACAAGUUGACAUUUUUCCACUCCUCAGCCAUUCAGUUUUGGUGAUCUAGUGCCCAGUGUAUGCUCAUCAUCUUGUUCUGAGCAUCACAGGGGGAUGAACCCUGUGUGGUCCCCUGCUGCUGUAGCCCAUCCACUUCAAGGUUUGAUGAGCUGUGCAUUCAGGGAUGUGUUUCUGCACACCAUGGUUGUACUGAGCUGUUAUUUUUGCACUUGUGGCCUUCCUGUUAGCUUUAACAAGUCUGUCCGUUCUGCUCUGACACAGAAGUGUAGCUGAGUGGAUGUUUUUUUUUUUUUUUUUUUUUUUAAAAAUAUCACACCAUUUUCUGUAACCUCUGGACACUAGUGUGCAAAAAUUCCAGUAGUGUGGCUGUUUCUGAGAUGCCAAAACCACCACGUCUGGCACCAGCAAUCAUGUUUAAAAUUGCUUAGAUCACGUUUCCCCCAUUCUAAUGCUUAGUCCAACGCUAACGGGACCUUCCGACCCAAUCUGCAUGCUAUAUACCUACCGAUUUGCUGUUUGUGUUAGCAGGCAGGUGUACCUAAUAAAUUGGACACUGAGUGUGUACAUAAUAGCCUCCCUUAGACCUUGUGCGAUAUGUCGUGGGAGUGUUUUGGCUGUUACAGCAAUGGUACAGACCUCACAGUGACUUUAAUUUUUGAGGAUCCUCUUCAUGAUAUCUUUGGCACUGACACAUUGGUUUUGCUGUCUUGAAGCUGCGCUGUUUCAUGCUGAGAAGCAACCAGAUUUACCUUGAUAUUGGGGUAUGGGGAUGUGGGGCUGGGGUUUAGCUUAGUUAACAUGGAAUUUGUUCUGUGUCUGACAACAUGAUUUUUUUUCUUAUUUUUGUUUUCAUAUUUUGCAAAAUAUGAUACUAUCCUGGAUAUAUGAAACUGUUAUCUUAA